AUGGCCCCCACUGCCAAAGAAAUCAAGAAGGAGUCCAAGAAGGGGAUGCCGUUUCCAAGGGCGCGUUUAGUGCGGCAGCCUCGAGACAUGCGGGUUCGGCAGCUGUCAAACAUAUUGGCGGGAUUGAACUACCUUCGCGCACCGGUGGUCGUGUGCACACUGGUGUCUUUAUUGUUCACGGUGCCUGGCCUGCCGUGGGACAGGCCUAUAGACCACUUAGAGGUAUUUGCCGGUAAGAUGGCUGUGACGCUGGCUGAGGUGGAGGCAGGACGCCGCGCUGUGCCCAUUGACCUAGAGAUCGGUGGAUCGUCUAUGGACCUGACCACGGACAUUGGUUUCGCCAACUGCCUCUAUCACGCUGCAAACCUCCGUGAAGGAGGAGCCUGCAUGGCUGCACCUGUAUGCGGGUCAUUUGUGUUCAUGAGUCGCGGCUCCACGCAGCGCUCGAUUGCCAACCCGAUGGGCCAGGGAGAGUCAUGCCGCAUAGGAAACUUGCUGGUUUCGCGAUUGUGCGUGGUGCUCCUGAUUUGCGCAGCCAAGUGUGUCUGGUUUUGCGUUGAACAACCUGGCACGAGCAUCAUGGAGUACCACACGCUUUUCCAAAGGUUCAUCAAGAUUGUAGCCGUCCGGAAACUGAAGUUCAUGAUGGGUGAUUAUGGUGCACCUACCUUGAAGCCUUCAAUCCUCUACUCGAGUCACAGGGCUGUGGACUUACUCCCGAAUUACCAAGUUCGUCGACGCUUGGUGAAGAAACAAAUGGUGAAACGCUACAUGGAUGGCAAAGGCAAACCCCGAGUCUGUGGUGGCGCAGACCUCAAGAGGUCGCAAGCCUAUCCGAAGCAAUUCGGUGUCGCCUUGGCGUCUUGCAGAACGAGCACAGCUAAAAGCAGGGCUCGGAUGGCAAGGCAGUUCCUGCAGGCAGCACGGAAGAGUAGCAACCAAGCUGAUGAUCGAAGCCAUGUGGACAAAGCGUGGCGAGACGGGGCCCAGUUGGACUCUGUCAUGAAAUUCUUGACUCAAAAGCCUUAG